AUACACACACUCAGUCAUUGCUCUUAACCCUCACCAAACUAUUCAUUCUUUCAUCCCAAGAAACUCAAAUAGCCCUAACUUCCCGCACAAGAGACCUAAAAACCCUGCAAGAGUAGAAAUAAAAUGAAGUCUGGUCAGGCUGAGAUCGAUGAAUCAAGCAAAGGUACCCAAAAGAGAGGUUUGAUGAGCAGAAGAAUCGCGAUUUUCGAGUUUCUCCUAAGGAUUAUCGCCUUUUUCAACACCAUAAGUAGUGCAAUCCUCAUGGCAACAACAAACGAAACUCUGCCUUUCUUUACUCAGUUCAUACGGUUCCAUGCCGACUACAACGAUCUUCCAGCUUUAACGUUCUUUGUGGUUGCAAAUGCUGUUGUAAGUGGCUACCUCAUAUUGUCACUACCUUUAGCAUUUGUUCACAUCGUCAAGAAAAAAACUGAGAACAGUAGAAUACUUCUUAUCGUUCUUGAUGUCGCAAUGGGUGGUCUUCUAGCUUCUGGAGCAUCCUCAGCAGCAGCUAUUGUCUACUUGGCACACAAUGGGAACAAUAACACAAACUGGUUCCCUGUUUGUCAGCAAUUCAACUCCUUCUGUGAACGUACCUCAGGGUCUUUGAUUGGAUCUUUCAUUGCCGUUGCCCUCCUUAUUCUUCUCAUUAUCCUAUCGGCUUUUGCUCUUUCUCGACGCCAUUGAAGAUCUGGUCUUAACUUGAAAUACAUGGUUUGGUGUGUAAAAAGUGUGUGCCAUUUCUAGUUUUUCUUUUCUCACACCCAUUGUAAUUUUCUAUGUGAUUUAUGUAACGAGUUACUUUGUCAAAGUUGUGUGUUUUCACAUAUUAGUACCACAAUAUCUUAUUCUCCUUCAGGCAUUUUAUAAUCUAUUUCUA